CGGCGAUCGUGGGAAUUUUAUCACUUUACAACUAUCAUCCCUUAAUCCUGCAAGACACACUAACACAAGCACACUAGCUAAUCUCAAUCUCAAGUCUAUGAUCUCAUCAAAUAGUUAUAAUAUAUUUUAAUAAACCAGAAACGUCAAAUCAACUGCUAACCUACGAUAUAAAUCCGGAAGUCCGAAGUAAACAUGUAUUACCACAAUUACCACAAUUUUGCCUCUGCCCACUGGCUGAAGCUAUUUCUACUAAAGCUAUUUCUACUGAUCCCACCACACCCUUUACAGAUUUCAUAAGUAAACUUUAUAAUCGCCACGACAAGUUAUGUUGGUCGACUGUAAUCUUGGUUGUAUAUACGCGUUGAUAAACUUACCGUAAGGCCUGGCACUCGCUAUGGCCUACGAUUACGCCCUCGUACAUCUCAAGUACACUAUACCCCCGGCUUGUAUUCUCACUUUCAUCUUGAAGCCGCUUCUCACGAAGCUUGACUUGUAUAAAACGUUUACGUUGAUACUAGUUGCUUUCUUUGCGACGCUCCCCUGGGAUUCGUAUCUAAUACGUCAUGGCGUCUGGACGUACCCUCCUGACGCCAUAGCCGGGCCGCGUCUCUUUGGCAUCCCGGCUGAAGAAUUAUUCUUCUUCGUCAUACAGACUUAUAUCACGUCGAUGCUAUACAUCUUGCUCAGCAAACCUGUUCUCCACGCUCAGUUUCUUACGAAUCCAAAUGACUCUUCACCCAAAUCUCGACGAAUACGAACAACAGGCCAAGCUCUCCUGAUAGCAUGUAUCGUCGCUAGCAUCUCACUCGUCGGAAAGGGGGGCCGCGGAACGUAUUUUGGCCUCAUCUUAAUAUGGGCUUGUCCCGUCGCACUUCUUACAUGGUCACUUUCAGGCUAUUUUAUACUUAAUCUACCUACUUCCUGCGUUGUAGUUCCAAUCGUCUUACCCACCGUGUAUUUAUGGAUUGUAGACGAGCUCGCACUAGGACGCGGAACAUGGGCUAUUGAGUCCGGAACAAAGCUAGGAUGGCGUCUGUGGGGAAGCCUAGAGCUGGAGGAAGCUGUGUUUUUCCUCUUUACCAAUGUGUUAAUUGUAUUUGGCCUAGUCGCCUUCGAUAGGGGACUGGCGGUUCUAUACACUUUCCCGGAACUGUUCCCUGUCGUACCAGAGAUGCCUCCUCCAAGCCUCCUCGCCAAAGCCGUCUUACUUGAUCCUAUAAAAUAUGACAUGGUACGGGUAAAGGGUAUCAGAGAGGCCGUCCAGACAUUGCGGCGGAAGAGCAGGAGCUUUUACUUGGCUAGCUCAGUUUUCCCUGGACGUCUUCGCAUCGAUCUCGUUCUUCUGUACUCCUUCUGUAGAGUAGCAGAUGAUCUGAUAGAUGAAGCACAUGGGGAGAGAGAAGCCACACUAUGGAUCAAAAAGCUGACCAACUACCUUGAUCACGUUUACGGUUCAGAUAACCAACCCUCAUCUUCAAUGGGUAUUGUUAAAGAUUUCGUGGAGGAAAACUUUCCGGAGUCAGCAAGGUCUGCGCUGAUACUCUUACCCACAAAGCUUCUACCAAGUAGGCCAUUUUAUGAGCUCUUGGAAGGCUUUAAAAUGGACCUCUCCUUUGGUACUCGCCAACGAAUUAGACAGUUUCCUAUUCAGGACGAAGAGGACCUCGAACUUUACGCGCACCGUGUCGCGAGUACUGUUGGUGAAUUAUGUUUAAGGCUCGUAUUCCACCACAGCACCGCGAAACUUCCAAGCGACAAGGAAUCUCUUCUAGUGAUUGCCGCCCAGAUGAUGGGACAUGCGUUGCAAUACGUCAAUAUCGCUCGUGAUAUUAUAGUGGACGCCGAAAUUGGCAGGGUUUACCUGCCCUCAGGUUGGCUCAAGCAAGAGGAUCUGACACCGCAGGAUGUUAUCAAAGACCCGACACAGCUAAAAGUAGAAAUGCUCAGACAGAAGUUACUUGAUUGGGCGUUUAAGGAGUACGAGCGAUCACGAGAUACCAUGAGCAUGCUUCCCCACGAAGUCCGCGGUCCUCUGAUCGUAGCUGUCGAGAGCUAUAUGGAAAUAGGCCGGGUUUUACGAGAGAGAACUGGAGUCCCUUCGAAAACUCGUAAGGGGCGGGCAACGGUUCCUCGACUACGGCGGAUAUGGGUUGCAUGGAAGAAUCUUUCUACUGUCUGACCGUUAUUUCGGAUUAUUUUCCAUUCCAAAUUUUAGGUAUAUAUGUAUUUCUAUUUAAUCGGUAAUUGUUUAUGAGGAAUGAUGUGUCAUUUGGGUUAGAUAGAUAGCAACGCAUCAAUAUGUACAUGUAGAAUAAUAGCGUAGGUAGAUACAUGCC